GGUAAAUAAAUGAAGCCAUUAAUUGAUGGUAGAAACGUGUGUCCAUGCACUUGCAAUCAAUGUCUUAACAGUCGAUCUUUCAUGUACCUACCUGUUCUUUUAUGAGACAUAUCAAUAUUUAUGAAACUUUUAUGAGAUUAUUUUUAAAAAUUUGGACAGUGAUUUGUAUUAGAUUUUCUAGAAGAAACUGUCAUCAAAUAUGAACUCCGCUCAGUCAAAUUCAAAUAUGCAGAGAUCAGCUGUUGAAACAAAUGUUUUGGAGCAAAUCCGAAAACAAGGGCUGUCAAUUUCUAUUGUUAGUGGAGAUUCUAGUUCUUCACGAUCUUUUGCCAGUUCAGUGGCCAAAGAAACCAGAUCCAAACCAAAUGUAGUUAUAAUGGAUAAAUCCAAGGUUUCGCCUAGAUCAAUUCCAGUAGAAAACAAGACUGCUGCUACUCAUGCAAGGUCAAUACCAAAUUCUGCUGUGGAAACCAGAGCUUCAAGUUCUCCAUCUGUUGUGUCUACAAGUCAGUCUUAUCAUGAAAAUAAAACACUUGUACCUCAAAGAGCUAAUAAUCAAGUAGUCAGUGAAGUAAAAUCCUUCAGUGCACAAACAUGGUGUAAUCCAAAUGUUUCUACCCCGUCUGAAAAGAAACCUCAAGGGAAUGCCAAUCGUGUAACUCAAACUAUUGCAGUUCUGCCUGAAACUAAAAGUCAAGGCAGUCGUCAGGUUGUUUCUGUUCUGCCUGAAACUAAGCCUCUGGUUUCUAGAAAUAGUCAGAAUGCAGGUUUGCUGCCUGAAAAUAAAGCUCCAGUUAGGGUUAAUCAAAUACCAACAGAAUCCAAAGGGCAACCUAGUCAAGGUCGUAUUGGUCAGUGUCACCAGCUUUUAAAUGAGGGAAAAGUAGCUCCAAAUCAAAGCAGAAUUUCAGUAAAUACUUCAUCUGCAGAAACUAAAAUAUUUAAUAAUCAGAACUGGAAUCAGAAUUCAAGUUUUUCUGGUGUUAAUGAACAUAAAACUACUAAUGCUCAACAAAGGCAUAUUGUUCAAAUGGUAGCAGAUCCCAAAACAUGUAACAAAUUAAGUACAAACAGGCCUGUUGAAGGCAAAGUAUCCAACCAAAAUCGUGGGAAUCAAAAUGUAAAACUUGCAUCUGAUACCAUUGCUACCAUUCGAAUUCGUCCAAGUUUUCCAAAAACCACUGAUCGUAAAACUGUUGUAAGCCAGGCUGUGACACCAACAGUAUUACCAGAAUCAACUAAGAUUAAUCCAUUUAGAAAAGUUACUGAGGAAACUAGUUUGACUCUUGGGGAAAAGAGCUUUCCUGUUGUGGAAGGUAAAUCAGUAGCUUUAAAGCAGGCACCUGUUAGGAACUUUAUUAUUGCAUCAGAAGGUCAAUCAGUUGCUCAUUCCAAAAAUAGCCAAACUGUAACAGUGCAAUCUGAUGGUAAAAUAGCUUGCCAGGUUGUAAAAAAUUCUUCAGUAGCAUUGGAACCUUCUCAGAAAUCUUCCUCUUAUUUUG